AUCGGCGGACGUAGAACAAGUUCGUCGUCAUCGGCUAGAUUCCUUUUCAUUUCUUCUUCCUCAAUGGCGUCUUUAACUAUCUCCGGCCUCCUCAAAACCCCUCUUUAUUAUUCCCAAGCUCUUGCAAAUCACCGCCAGUACCCACCUUCUGCUUUUGGGCAACAUCAAAUACCCGUUUCCCUGAAUAGGGUGUUGCCCAGACAAGCCAUUAGAGCUUCCGCUUCGAGUUCUGGUCCAUCCACGAGCUCCUCGCCAGGGCUGUACUCCGCCCAGAAAUUUGAACUGACCACUGCAAACGUAGACUUGGUUCUUGAGGACGUUAGGCCCUAUCUAAUCGCAGAUGGAGGAAAUGUCGAUGUCGUGUCCGUUGAAGAUGGAAUCGUUUCUCUCAAACUCGUUGGAGCAUGCGGUAGCUGCCCGAGCUCAACAACCACCAUGAAGAUGGGAAUCGAACGAGUACUGAAGGAAAAGUUUGGAGAUUCAGUGAAGGAAAUAUGCCAAGUAUAUGAUGAAGAGCCAAAGGAAAUAACAACCGAGGCAGUAAAUAGUCAUCUUGACAUAUUGAGGCCAGCCAUAAGGAACUAUGGCGGGAGCGUGGAAGUAAUAUCGAUCGAUGGUGGCAAUUGCGUCGUUAAGUACGAGGGUCCUGAAUCUAUUGGUACAGGAAUUAAAGCAGCCAUUAAGGAGAAGUUCCCAGAUAUUACAAACGUUGUGUUUUCAAGCUAGCCUUUUCUCAAGUUCAUUUAGCUGCUGCACUUAAUGAACAGGUGCUGCUCCUCUUUCCAGAAUACCCAUGUAAAGUUCUAUUGUUCAAUAAAUGAUACAUCACUAUAGCUUAUGCCCAAAAAGAAACUGUAUCCACGGCUAGCCGAUAUCGUCUGUUUUAGCUCAUUACGUAUUA